GCGAGGUGUCGGCUAGGUGUGUUUACAAGGACAUCAUGCAGGCUGCUCAUUAAACUCAGCAGAACCGACAUAGGUAGUAACCAAUUGGACUCGGAGUUGAAGCGCUGCAGCUACUCCAAAAAUGAGGCCAGCAGCAAGAUAAGCCGCCACAAUUGAGACCUAACUAAAGAUAUUGACUGAACAGACCAGCCCAAACUCACAUUUUCAUUUAACAAUUUACAGCUAGCUAUCGGAAUACUUCUAAUCAGACAGGGUUCGCUGCAUCUUGGAUUGAUUUUCCCCAAAAUGCCGCCCUUUCAGCUCGCUCAGCCCUAAAUUGCGAAUCCUUCCCAAAUCUCAUUCCCAAAAUGGUUAGCGUUUUCGAAGGCCCUCCCAAGCAUGCCAUACAGAACUCCCUCUGAAACCUUUCAUGAGAGAAGUUUGAGGAAACUGUAUCGGCCAAAAGAGAAAAAAAGAGAAAAAACCUUCUGCUAGAAGAGCAACAUGGCCUCAAUCCUGGAAUAUGCCAAAUUACCUGAGCGCACUGGUCCAACUGGAGAAAAGAGAAGAACCCUGAACUACAGGCCCCCGUCACCCCGCCGAGACAAGAAAAAUACUCGCGAUAGGCUUCGCCAUACCGUAUGGAAAGCUCAGAAAUUCCUGUACAGAUAUGAUCAUAUUGAAAGCAACCAAGUACGCCUUAUGGCCCUCCAGGCCAGCCAAGAUUUCGAAGGAGAUCUCGUCGCAGAUCUUGUCACAAUACCUAUCGAGAAGUUAAAGGAUUUCCCCUACGAGGCUCUUUCAUACCACUGGGGCGAAAGCCAAGCAGACAAUCCGAUUUACGUCCAUUCUGCGAAUAAUAUGAUGGGAGGUAUGUCCCAUAUGAGCGACGUUGCGGCUAUGGUCUCCAUGCGCCUCUAUGUUAAGGAUAACUUAUACGAAGCCUUACGGCAUUUACGUGAUAAGAAUCAUGCAAUCAUCUUAUGGGCUGAUGGGCUCUGUAUGGAUCAGGGUAACGAGGUCGAGAAAGGAGCCCAAGUUCCGAACAUGGCGACCAUUUAUUCCUGCGCAACGAGAGUCUGCGUUUGGUUAGGACUAGCCGAUCAACAUGGCAGAACCGAUAGAGCAAUGAGCUUCAUUCCCAAGAUCGUUACAGAAGACAUAGACUCUUUAAUCCUGCCAGAUCAAGCUAAGAAUUGGCGCGACCUUAUCUUCUUAAUGAGAUGUAGCUGGUUCUCCCGGAGAUGGAUCAUUCAAGAACUAGCUCUUGCGAAGGAGGCUACGGUGCGUUGCGGUUCCAAAGAAGUGGAUUGGAGAGACUUCUCUGACGCCGUUAGUCUCUUCGAUCUAAAUUUUCAGAAGAUUCGAAAGCUUUUCGGUAACAAGCCUAAGGAUUAUAUCGCAAUUGCAGGGCUAGGACCUCUUGGAGCGAAGAUAUUGGUAGACGAAUUGAGCAACACGUUCCUGAGGGCCGCCGAUCAGAGCCCUUUCGAACCUAUAAAAACCCUCGAGACUUUAGUAUCGACAUUGUCAACAUUUGAAACAACCGACCCGCGCGAUACCAUAUAUUCCUUUCUCAACAUCGCUAGGGAUACAUCCACUAAGUUCGGUAUUUGGAUUCCAUCGAGUUCAACACAAGUUCAACCGCCGACCCCUGAAUACACACACGAUCUCCUUAUGGUUUACACUGACUUCGUCCGCUACGUAGUCGAUAGUAGCAAGUCACUUGACAUUUUAUGUCGCCAAUGGGCCUUACCUGAGAGAAAGGAAACAAAGAUUAUGUAUGAGACUUUAGUGGAGCUUCCAUCAUGGAUAAAGACCGUUCCUGAGUCACCUUUUGGCAAGCAGGGAGAAGGGUUCAACGGUCGGAAGAAUGGUGAUAACUUUGUAGGACUACCCAAUGCCAAGAUCUACAAUGCAUCUCGGGACAAACCGCCUGAAGUUCGUUUCGGAAUGGCGGUACGAGAGUCGAUAAAUUUUCCAGAUUCGCCAACAACCAAUAGUUUAUCUACGGGAACAAUUCCGACCGUGACAAAAACAUCACACCGGAACGGCGAUUUGAUACCAAAUAGCAACCCAGCGUCACCAAACGGCCUAUCGCCUACCGAAUCCCAUUUUUCAGACGGCCUAGGUAGUGCGACAUCUACCUCAACAAGGCGACCUAGCUUGCGAUCCAAUGACCGACCUAGGACUCCUGCUGAAGAGCGACAGAGAUUGAGAGAUAGGGACCCAUCAAUUUACGUCAAAGGGUUCAUCCUGAGUACUGUUACAUGGAAGACAGACCCUAUACCUGAUGGUAUCAUUCCCAAAGGUGCGCUUCAGAGACUGGGAUGGUCAAACAGAGACGACGAAGUUUUCUUGGUCCCAGACAGAGUCUGGAGGACCCUAGUCGCUGAUAGGGGCCCAGACGGGAGACCGCCUCCAAGCUGGUACCACCGAGCAUCUCUUCGGUGCCUGGUACAAGAUACCCCAAACGGACACAUCUCCACCAAGAACAUUUUGGAACAAAACUCAAGCGGCAUCAUGUAUGACUACAUCAGGCGCGUGCAAGCCGUGACUUGGAAUCGCGUCGUGCUCGAAGGGAUAGAUGAAAACAAUCCAAAAGAGAACUUGGUCGGCAUUGGACCCCCACUAACAGAGAUGGGCGAUUUAAUCUGUAUAAUAUUUGGGUGCAGCGUACCUUGCAUCAUUCGACCUUGGAUGUUUACCACGUUGGGUAAAAGUUCCGACAUAAACCGACGCAAGCCUGACAUCAGUAAGGGAGAGCAACCUGACUACUAUGAGUUCAUUGGCGAAGCUUUUAUAUACGGAAAGAUGGAUGGUCAGGCCAUUGAUAGCAUCAGCCCGAAGGUACUUCAGACUAAGACCCGAGAAUUUCGCUUGCGGUGACGUAAGGUGUCGUGCAUGUUCCGUUCCAUAUGUCUAUAGAGUCCUGUUAGACACGACGCGUAAGAUAUGAAGUUCAGGUUGAUGGACAGGUAUCUCGUUGGAUAUCAGGGUAUUCUAGGUACCUUUGGGUUUAUCUAUCUCUACAGGUGGUCUUUUAGAUAUUUAAUAUGAUUUAAACAAUGGAGCGUAUUUAAAUGUCAUCUCCUAGAAUUGCUUAGUCAUAAACUUUCCUUGUAUUCGGUAAAGGGGUUGAGUUAGGGGUUUUCCGGACAACGAGAGCGGAAUAAUAUGGGUAGAUUAUCUUCAAUCGUCGCUCAUCUGUAUCACUAUAUUCCCCAUGUUGUAAUAUUAACAACAAU